AUGGCGGCGCCGCUCCGGCGGGACACUUUACCUGAAAAUUGGACCUACGGGGUGUGUCGAGAUGGCAGGGUGUUUUUCAUAGACGAUGAAAAACGCACCACUACUUGGCUUCACCCACGGACCGGUGAGCCUGUUAAUUCUGGACAUAUGAUACGUUCAGAUCUGCCAAAAGGCUGGGAGGAGGGUUUCACUAAGGAAGGAGCGAGUUUCUUUAUAGACCAUAACCAGAGGAAAACAACAUUCACACACCCAGUGACGGAGCAGCUUUCUCCUGAGAGUGCUGGUUUCCGACUGCUGGAGCAGCCAAGUGGACGCAUGCCCAAACCGCAGACAACUGUCUGCCCUUCCAGCACUGUCAGCGAAGCCUCUACCACAGUCAACAGCUCCACUGUGGACAUCACACCUGCCUCUAAGAGUUCCAGAUAUAGUGGGAGGGUGCAUAGCUUUGGAAAGCGGGACAAUGCCAUAAAGAGGAAUCCAAAUGUAGAGGUUGUGGUGCGUGGAUGGCUCUUCAAGCAGGACAGCUCAGGCAUGAGGCUCUGGAGGCGGAAGUGGUUCGUGCUGGCUGACUACUGCCUUUUUUACUACAAAGACAGCCGAGAGGAGAACGUCCUGGGGAGCAUCCCUCUGCCCAGCUACACCAUCUCUCCUGUGGGACCUGAGGACCACAUCAGCCGCAAAUAUGCCUUCAGGGCCAGUCAUACAGGGAUGCGCUCCUACAUUUACAAACAGAGCUCUGUGAUUGGCUCGCAGGCAGAACAUAGUGGCAUGAGGACAUACUAUUUCAGUGCAGACACACAGGACGACAUGAACAGCUGGGUGAGGGCCAUGAAUCAGGCUGCACUUAUGCAGAACUUCACAAUGAAAAGAGUCUCGGAAGAGUUGGAUUGUGCACACUGCUUGGAUGCAUGUGAGAAACAUCACACUGUUCCCGAGAUCAACCGCAUCAACAGCUGCAUGCUUCCUCUAGCAGAAGGUCCUCACACUGAUGAGGUACACCUGCCAAAGCUUAGAGAGGAAGGAAGUUCCCUCCCCGAAAUGGAACUGGCCAGAGGGAAGUCACCUGGACUCAGAGCACUGGAGGUGGAGGUAUUAUCACCAGAAGCACCACCACCUACCCAGGCCCCCUCCCGAGUCCCUUCUAGGUCUGCAGCGACCCUGCCUGCUUCUUUUCGUAAUGGAGUGGUGCUGGAGCAGAACGGGGUGGGCAUCUACCAGAGGGGCCCCACCCCUCAGACUAACUCACCCACAAAAGCUCAACGGAGGACCACACUUGAACAGGUGGAGAACUGGGUCAAAGUGCAGAAAGGAGAUCACAGAGGUGCACUCCCCAAUGAAGGAACCCUCCGACGGCAAACUUCACCAGCGCAUCCCAUGGUUGAAGUAGCCCUCCAAGCCCAGCCCAGUGCUCUCACAAGUCUGCCAACCGUCAACCACCAGCUACCCAGUGACUACAAAUACGCACAGGACCGUCUCAGCCACUUGUGGGCAGUCCAAGGCCAGCCUUCCCAAUCGACCUCACGAGAUGCCACUGUCUGGCAGCUGUAUGAGUGGCAGCAGAGGCAGCAGUACCGGCAUGCCAGUCCGACUGCCCCCAUUUACGUCCCAGCUCCGGACUACUCCACUGCCGUGUCCUCGGCCAGGACCAACCCAGAUGUGGCCCGCUCAGUCUCUGUGCCCCCCGCCCCUGCAGACCUCCCUCCACCUGGCCCUUCAGGGCCCAGGCUGCUAUCCCCACGGAGGCCCCACACACCAGCUGAGCGUGUGACUGUCAGGCCCCUGGAGGACAGGCCUGCAAUGGAAGUGCCACUGUCCAUAUCUCCCCGCCAAAUACGUUGCCAAAAGUCUGCCACAAUAGAAAGACGCUCCGUGCCCCCAUCGGGCUACAUCACUCACACCUUCAGUGCUCCUAGCCUCCAUGGAAAAACGCCAGAGGAGCUUACCCUCCUGCUCAUCCAGCUCCGAAGGCACCAGGCCAUGAUGGCGGGGGUGCGCAGCCAGACCCUGGCCCAUCUACGGCAGCUGUCCCACGUGCAGGCUGAUGACACCUAUGUCCAGCUGAAGAAGGACCUGGACUAUCUGGACCUGAAGAUGAAAAGCGUAGAGCCGUUGAUCCUUAUGGUGCACGGUGUGUUACAGACCUGCAGUGCUGGCGCUUUGGCACCACUGUGGAACAUGACUGGGAGUGAAACUCUGAAAGGACGGCCAGCCAAACCAGUGAAGGUGGCAGAGAGUGAUGUGGAUGUAAAACUGAGUCGUCUAUGUGAACAGGACAAAAUACUGCAGGAACUUGGUCUCAGACUCAGCACACUAAAGGAGGAUAAGGAUAAGUUGGAGUCGGUGUUGGAUGUUUCCCACCAGCAGAUGGAACAGUACCAGGAGCAGCCGACCCAUGCCGAGAAGAUUGCCUACCAGCAGCGGCUCCUCCAGGAGGACCUGGUGCACAUCCGUGCUGACAUAUCCCGAGUGGCCACGGAGAUGCAGAGAGCAUGGGAGGAGUAUGGCAGGCUGGAGCAAUCUGUGGAACAGCUGAGGGAGGCACUGCAAAUCCAGAUGAAUAUCUGUACAGUGCCUCAGGAGAAAACUCAGUUGAAGAGGGAGCUCUGGAGGAUUGAAGAUGUGAUGGCUGGCCUUAGCUCCACCAAAGAUACCUUUAAAAUCACAGUGGACUCAGUGCAGAACCCAGAGAGGAAACUUGUGCCUUCAGUUAAAGAGUUGUCAGUGCCUUCAAGGUGUGUGACCACAGCAGACAUACAGAGCCCCCAGCAUAGUCUCAUUUCUAGCCCUGUGCCAUUGCCCUCUGAAAACUCUGCCCAGCUGCCCCAGCAUGUGCCAACGUGGGAAGAAGACUCCGCCCCACCAAGACCUCCUUUGCCCCUUCUCUAUGAUGAGGAUACACCCCCUGCAGUUCCACCCCUCCCUAAAGAGACAUCUGUCAUCAGGCAUAUGUCUGUGCGCGGUCUCAAGAGGCAGUCGGAUGAGAGGAAGCGAGACAGAGAGAGUGGCUAUGUUAAUGGAGACUGCAGGGCAGAGUUACGCUCUUACUUAAGUGAACCAGAGCUACGGGGGAUCAGGUCCAUGCUGGAGCAAUUAGAGGGAGGCUCCCCCACACUCCCAAACAGAGGUGUAUUGGUACCCUCAUUCAGUCUGAACCAGCCAAGCGUUUCCUAUAACAGCACUCUGAGAGAAGACUCAGCAACAAUGGAAAGACUAAAGAGUGCCUCAGAGCAGCUGUACUCUGGGGAGCCUGGGCAGCCCCACCAUCGUGGCAGGAUGAGUGUGGAGGAGCAACUGGACAGGAUGAAGAGACACCAGAGGGCGCUGGUGCGCGAGCGCAAGCGCAACCUAAGUCAUGCUGAGCGGCAGUCAUCUGUCCCUCGGGGUUCCUCCCGUGCCGUCUCCUCCAACCUGGGACCACUGAGAUGGGAGGAGGGCUUUGAUUUACAGCUUUUGGAGAGCCCUCUGCAGUGGGAGGAACUUCACAUAGCUGAGAGUCGAGGCAGGGAGGAGCAGACCCCAAACACUGAAUCAUGGCAGAUACCUUUAUCAGAUGAAUGGCUCACAGUUAUGGCCAAACCUCUGCAAGUGCAAGACCUGGAACCUGUGGACUUUGACGUGGACAUUGCUUUCCAUUCCUAAGAAGCUACCCAUCCCAAAGCGCAUACAGGAGCCUCUCAGUCAGGAGCAGAAGCAGGCCCACAGCCGCAGCAUGAAUAAGAUCAAGAGCCUUUUG